AUGACCCUUCUCCCCAUACCUGAAUCUUCCUCUUCUUCGUUUUGGGCUGUCCUCACCCCCUCUGCGAAGACGCAACGACACGCAAAAACGGACGCCUGUGUGGUUCUUGAGAGUUUGAACACCACGUCCAAAUCAAAGCACAGCACCCAGGGCAGGGGAUACGAUGACGGAGCCGAGAGCCGACGACACAGAUGGAGUCUGGAGAUCCCCGAGGAGAUGCCUGCCAAGGAACAAGUGCCUCCUCCCCUGGAGCUCGACGGGAGAUUAUCAACGGAGCACAUACAACGUACAUACACGCAGCAUCGUCUGAUUCUCAGACACCAGGCCUUGAUGGAGUCAGGGGGUGAGUCGGCGACAAAGAUCAUAGAACGGUCUCGAACCCGCGAGCCAAUCGUUUCCCAAGUCCCAAGGUCACAGCACAAUCUCGGUACCGAAUCCAUGCCACCGGAGACUGACUCCACCAUCUCCGUCAUCCUCUGCAUAUCAUCACUGAGUGCCUAA